GACCAGCGGAGGCGCGGCCCGCGGCGGCACGUGUCUCCCGGCGCCGCAUUUCCGAGCUGCUGCGCCCCCGGGGCCGAGCUGCGGCCACACCGAAGCCUGUCGGGCCCUGCAGCUGAGCGGCCGCGCCUCCGAUGGCCCCUCCUCCCUCCUGGCCGAGCUCUGGCCUGGGCCGGCCGGGGGCUUCGUGAUUGGCCACGCCGGCCUUUUCCUCGCCUGUGACGGGCGUUACUGCAGGGGGGUUUUCGGUGGACGUUAGGCUACGGACGGGGGCUCCUGUAAGAGACUGAGGUUUCUGUCCGCAGCACUGCCUUCGCUGAAAAGAGCUUGCAUCUGAGCCCCCGCACCGCAGGAACGAGCCAGGCUCCUGAGAAUGAGGUCGGGGAAGGCGUCUUGGGCAACCGAAAUCCAUCCCGAGAAGCUCCUCCUCUUAACUAGAACUUUAGGACAGAGAUCGGAAAAGUCAGAGGAAAUGGGCACGGCUUCGAGCUGCCGGCGGCUGCGGAAUUUACCUAGCCUCUUGGUUUUGGGGGGAAGACUUGGCUUGUUUAAUCGAAAGCCCUGUGGAGAGAAAUGAAGGAGACUUGAAUGAAAAUUCUGUGGAGAAUCUUCAGCAGAAAACACUUCAGGAUCUGUUACAUGAGCUUUCCUCCUGGCUAGUUUUGGAAGGCAUGGCCAGUACAAUUACUGGAAGUCAGGAUUGUAUUGUGAAUCAUCGAGGGGAAGUGGAUGGGGAGCCUGAACUAGAUAUUUCCCCUUGUCAACAGUGGGGAGAAGCAUCUUCUCCUAUUUCCAGAAACAGGGACAGUGUGAUGACUCUUCAAAGUGAUUGUCUCGAAAACAUUGAAAGUGAAACAUAUUUGCCUUUGAAAGUCUCAAGCCAAAUAGACACACAAGACUCUUCAGUGAAGUUCUGUAAGAAUGAGCCUCAGGAUCAUCAGGAAAGCAGACGUCUCUUUGUAAUGGAAGAAAGCACUGAGAGAAAAGUGAUAAAGGGGGAAAGUUGUUCAGAGAACCUUCAAGUUAAACUGGUGUCUGAUGGACAAGAACUGGCCUCGCCAUUGUUAAAUGGUGAGGCAACUUGCCAGAAUGGCCAGUUAAAAGAAUCUUUGGAUCCCAUUGACUGUCACUUCAAAGACAUUCAUGGAUGGAAAUCACAGGUGGUCAGUUGUAGUCAGCAGAGAGCUCAUACAGAGGAGAAACCCUGUGACCAUAAUAACUGUGGGAAAAUACUUAACACCAGCCCAGAUGGUCAUCCAUAUGAGAAAAUCCACACUGCAGAGAAACAAUACGAAUGUAGUCAGUGUGGUAAGAACUUCAGUCAAAGCUCAGAGCUACUACUUCAUCAGAGAGACCACACAGAAGAAAAACCCUACAAAUGUGAGCAAUGUGGGAAGGGCUUCACAAGGAGCUCGAGUCUGCUUAUCCAUCAGGCAGUCCACACAGAUGAGAAGCCUUAUAAGUGUGACAAGUGUGGGAAGGGCUUCACCAGGAGCUCAAGUCUGCUCAUCCAUCAUGCCGUCCAUACAGGCGAAAAACCUUAUAAAUGUGACAAGUGUGGGAAGGGCUUUAGUCAGAGCUCCAAACUGCACAUCCACCAGCGAGUCCACACUGGAGAGAAGCCCUAUGAGUGUGAGGAGUGCGGUAUGAGCUUCAGUCAGCGCUCAAACCUGCACAUCCACCAGCGAGUACACACAGGAGAGAGGCCCUACAAGUGUGGUGAGUGUGGGAAGGGCUUCAGUCAGAGCUCGAACCUUCACAUUCACCGGUGCAUCCACACAGGAGAGAAGCCUUACCAAUGCUAUGAGUGUGGGAAGGGUUUCAGCCAGAGCUCGGAUCUUCGCAUCCAUCUCAGAGUCCACACUGGAGAGAAGCCCUAUCACUGUGGCAAGUGUGGGAAGGGAUUUAGCCAGAGUUCCAAACUCCUCAUCCACCAGAGAGUACAUACUGGAGAGAAGCCCUAUGAGUGCAGCAAGUGUGGGAAGGGCUUCAGCCAGAGCUCCAACCUUCACAUCCACCAGCGGGUUCACAAGAAAGAUCCUCGCUAACUGACAUUAGCCCAUUCAGGUCUUCACAGCGCUCAUACUGUAAAAACUGUUAAAUAUUUAGUAUCACUCUUACUUUAUAUUCUACAAAGGAGAGAGAUGUAAGGGUUAUUUAGAUAUGUUCCCUCACUGAAAAAUCACUCAUUCAAAAUAUUUAAGUAUCAAGCACUUUGUUAUGCUGUACAAUGAAUGGAUUGUUCUUGUUUCUCAGAUGGGUAGAGUAAAAGUGUCUGUACUUUACAAUUCAACUACAUGUUCUACCCAGCAUUUUAACGGCAAGAACUUUAUGUUUAUUCUCAAGCAGGGCAUGUUUCCCUUUGUUCACAUUCUCUGAGAAAUUGAAACUCUGGUUUCUCUUCAAA